UCCUCUCUGACCAUAUUAGUUCAGUAUUGUCAAUGGGUGGAGCUUGUCAGCUCAAGGGAAAACAUAACUGCUGUGUGCAGAAGUCUUCUCCUCUGUGACUCGACGCCGCUGUCCAGCAGGAGCAAACUCUUCUAGACUGCAGGUGGCAAAGUGGUUAUUAUGCAGACCAAAGGGCAGGAGACUGUGACACAACAGCUGACUGCAGUUACAUUCAAAACACAUGUUUCAUAAUAAGAUUGGACAGAAUGUCUUCUCAACUGCUGGAUUGCAACAUAAAAGUUUCCACAGCGGAUUUACCUCACAGCCUUCAAAAAGCAACACGACUUCUGCCUCCUUUUGAGAGUUAAGCCUUUGAUUGAGGACAAAAUGCUCCAGUCAGACAGUCAGUACACCAAACUGCGAUGGUUAUUAACCAUUGCCGGGCUGUUCUUGUAUGUGGUGGAUAUUUGGACGGACAUUGUUCUGGCACUGAAAUACUUCCAAGAGAAGCAUUUUGUAUGGAGUGCACUGACUGUAGUGUUUGUUCUGACCGGGCUGCUUGUGACAAACAUCUUUAGCUAUGCCUGGUACAGGGACGACUUGAGGGAUGUUACGCUAAACCCUGAGGGGAAAACAACCAUACUUGGAUUGUCUAAAGGUGGACUUGCUGCUCUACACCUGUGCGGCAUGGGCAUCUUCACCAGGUUUUAUCACCUGCUAAAAAAAGGCUUCAGAGUCGUUUGGACAACAGCCAAUUUCUACACAGAGGAAGAGAGGAGAGAAGAGAACCACGGUCUGUUUUGCCUGGCGACUGAUCUGAGCAUGCUCAAACUGUUCGAGGCUUUUCUGGAGAGCGUUCCCCAGCUGCUUCUCCAACUUUACAUAGCGCUGAGUCAGGAUGAGUGCUCAGUCAUGCAAUAUUUAUCUAUGGCCUUCUCCUUCUUCAACGUCGCCUGGUCCCUGGUCGAUUAUCGCCGAUGCUUGCGGAGGUCUCUCCCCCACGUCAGCGAGAUGCCCUCUGGCCUCCCCACAGCAAUCUACCUCCUCUACAAACUGUGCACCAUCAUCAGCCACAUCCUCAGUUACACCCUCCUCCUCAUACUGAGCACCUACAGCACAGUAGCCCUCACCGUCCUGUGGCUGUUUUGGACAACCUGGGCGCACCUGCUUCAGACCAACUUCUGCUCCUCCAGAGGCCUGGAGCUUGUGUACCGAGCAGUCGUCGGAGUCAUUCUUACGUUCACCUUUUUCAACGUCAAAGGACAGGACACCAGAGUAGCCAUGACACUUUACUACUCGUUCUAUUCACUCGUAAACAUUUCGGCGCCUUUCCUCGUGGGCUUGCUGAGUCCAGAGCUUCAGAGAGUCACGUUCUUGCUCACAGUCAGUGGUUUGAUCUUCGGAGGUUUGGUGCUGGGGCUGCUGUGCCUCGUCCUCUACUACCUCCUCCUGCAUCCAAGGGAGAAGUGGCCAGAGGCAGAUGAGGUGGACGGCCUGGGAGCAGAAACAGAGAGCACAAGGAGAAUAAGGAACUUUUUACAGCCUUAAGGGAAGAUUGUUAACAGAGAAUGCUUCUUAAAGCCUGGUCACU